AUGGGGAACCUCAAGAGGCUCUGGAGUCUUGAGUGUGGAUUUAACUGGUUUUACUGUCACCUCUCCCUGUCUCUCUGUCUCUCUCUCUCAGUGUCGGUGUGCUCUGGCACCCAGAAUGGCCUGAGUGUGACGGGAGACUCCAACCUGCAGUACGAGAUCAUGGAGAAGCUGUACAGCGGCUGUGAGAUCAUCAUGGGCAACCUGGAGAUCACACAGAUGGAGCACAACCGCAACUUCAGCUUCCUGAGGUCCGUCCGGGAGGUGACGGGCUACGUCCUGAUCGCGAUCAACCAGUUCUCCUCGCUGCCGCUGGGCGAGCUGCGCGUGAUCCGCGGCACCACGCUGUACGAGGACAAGUACGCCCUGGCCGUGAUGGUCAACUACCAGAAGGACGGCUCGCAGGGCCUGAGAGAGCUGGGCUUCACACACCUGACAGAGAUCCUGGAGGGGGGGGUCUCCAUCCAGAACAACAAGUACCUGAGCUACGUAGAGCAGGUGAACUGGACAGACAUCGUGAGGGACCCCAGUGCCGAGAUCACCAUCAAACAAAACGGGGAGACCAGUGAGUGCGGCGAGCCGGACUGGUCAGCUGGCUGUAUCACUCUCUCUGCAGUGACGAAGACGGUGUGCGCCCCGCAGUGCAACAGCCGGUGUUUUGGGAGGGACCCCAAUGACUGUUGCCAUGUCGAGUGUGCUGGGGGGUGCACGGGACCCCAUGACACAGACUGCUUUGCCUGCAGUCACUUCAACGACUCCGGGGCCUGUGUACCCCAGUGCCCCAAGCCUCUCAUCUACAACAAGCAGACCUUCCAGUUGGAGCCCAACCCCAGUGCCAAGUACCAGUACGGCACCAUCUGUGUGUCCCAGUGCCCCAGGAAUUAUGUGGUGGACGGUAGCUCCUGUGUGCGCAGUUGCCCCACUGACAAGAUGGAGGUGGAGAAGAAUGGGCAGAAACAGUGUGAGCCAUGCGAGGGGCUGUGCCCUAAAGUCUGUAUGGGCACCGGCUCUGCCGACAGGCAGACAGUGGACUCCAGAAACAUCGACAGCUUCAUCAACUGCACCAAGAUCCAGGGCAGCCUGCACUUCCUCACCACCGGCAUCAACGGGGAUCCCUACCACAACAUCUCCGCUCUUGAUCCAGAGAAACUCAAAGUCUUUGGAACUGUCCGAGAAAUAACAGAUAUCCUCAGUAUCCAGUCAUGGCCCAAGAAACUGUCUGACCUCAGUGUGUUCUCCAACCUCACCACCAUCCAGGGCAGGUCGCUGUACAAAGGAGUCAGCUCCAAGAGCUGCAACUUCCUCACAGGGGAGCCGCGGGAGUUUGCCUCAGCGCUGGGGGAGUGCACUGCGUGUCACCCCGAGUGCCAGCGCCAGGAGGGGCAGCCAAGUUGCCAGGGGCCGGGCGCAGACGAGUGCGUGGCAUGUGCCAACUUCUGGGACGGGCCCCACUGUGUGCCCUCGUGCCCAAACGGGGUGAUGGGGGAGAAGGGGCUGAUUUUCAAGUACGCCAACGCCGAGAGGCGCUGUGAGCCCUGCCACCCCAACUGCACGGAGAGUUGUACUGGCCCAGGUCUGAGUGGCUGUGCAGGGACGAAUAUAUCAAGUCUUCAGAUGACGGGGAUCGUACUGGGAGCAGUCGCCCUCCUGCUGGUGUCCUUCGCCACGUUUGUGCUGACGGUGCUCUACCGGCGCGGCCUGGCCAUCCGCCGCAAGAGAGCCAUGAGGAGAUACCUGCAGAGCGGAGAGAGCUUUGAGCCCCUGGACCCAGGUGAGAAGGGGGCGAAGGUCCACACCCGAGUCCUAAAGCUCCAGGAGCUGCGCAAACUGAAGCUGAUCGGCUCGGGCGUCUUCGGCACUGUGCACAAGGGCGUGUGGGUCCCAGAGGGAGACACGGUGAAGAUCCCAGUGGCCAUAAAGACCAUCCAAGACCGGACUGGGAGACAGACCUUCACUGAGGUUACGGAUCACAUGCUGGCUAUGGGCAGUCUAGACCACCCUUACAUUGUCCGGCUGUUAGGUAUCUGCCCGGGUGCCAGUCUGCAGCUCGUGACCCAGCUCAGCGUGCAGGGGUCCUUACUGGAGCACAUCAGGCGCCACAAGCACAGCCUGGACCCCCAGCGGCUUCUGAACUGGUGUGUCCAGAUCGCCAAGGGGAUGUAUUACCUGGAGGAGCACCGCAUGGUCCACAGGAACCUGGCCGCACGGAACGUCCUCCUGAAGAGCGACUACAUCGUCCAGAUCGCUGACUUCGGCAUCCCUGACCUGCUGUACCCCGACGACAAGAAGUACUUCUACAACGAGGUCAAGACUCCCAUCAAGUGGAUGGCGCUGGAGAGCAUCCUGUUUCGUAGGUACACUCACCAGAGCGACGUCUGGAGUUACGGCGUGACAGUGUGGGAGAUGAUGUCAUUCGGGGCGGAGCCCUACUCCACCAUGCGGCCACAAGAAGUGCCGGACCUGCUGGAGAAGGGAGAGCGAUUGUCUCAGCCGCCCAUCUGCACCAUCGAUGUGUACAUGGUCAUGGUCAAGUGCUGGAUGAUUGACGAGAACGUCCGGCCCACCUUCAAGGAGCUGGCUAACGAAUUUACUCGGAUGGCCAGGGACCCGCCCCGCUACCUCGUCAUCAGGGUGAGGCUGAGGCAGAUUUCCCUCUCGCGCUUUUCCGCUCAGUUCAGUACCACUUACCUUCCCCUAAUACUCUCCCCCCUCUUACUUCCCUCCUCUCUCCUGUUAACCCUCCUCCCCCUCUCUCAGAGUGGCUUGACUCAUUCGGGGCUGGCUGGGUACCUGCAGAUGAACUCUGGGACAGGAGACCCCAACAGACAGCUCUGGCCCGCACGCUCACGGCUGAACUCGGCUCGGACGAUCUCGGAGUGCUCGGAGGGGCGGGGCACGAUGCCGGACACGGAGGCGGGCGAGGACGCCUCGCUGGGCGGCAGCCUGCGCCGGGGGCGCCGCCGGGAGGACAGCGCCUACCUCUCGCACCACGUCAGCCUGAGCGGCGCCGCCGAGGAAGAGGACCACUAUGGAUACGUCCUGCCGGGGUCGCUGGAGAGCCCAGAGAAAGCCAGCAUCUUUUCUCUCUCACCCUCCCAAACUGGCACCCUGUCCAGAAUGAGGGGUUCCCACAGUCGUGGCUCCCUGGGGACUCUGGGAGACCCUGACUCGGAGGAGUACGAGUACAUGAACAAACAGACACGCCUGCUGCCUCUUGCCUCAGUGGCCAGUACCGCUGAGCCCCCACCAGAGGGCGCCAGAGACCAGAAACCGCACAGGAAGUCCCAGCCCAGCCCAGAGUGCAGUGCCAAGGAUCUGCCACCUGGUGGAGACAGAGAGUCUGAUGAGCUGCUGGAUUGUAAUGACCGGCAACCUCCUGCUGGUAGAGACAGAGUGCAGAAACGGAGAAGGCAGCUCUCCGUCAGCCCCGAUCACAGCGGCGGCGAGUCACAGCAGGAAGGAGACGGAGGAUCGGAACAGCAGCAGGAGCAGGAAGCAGUGGAGUACGAAUACAUGGACAUCCGCAGCGAGGAGCUGGACUGUCGAAGCUCCAGGGACUGCGUAGGCAGGAAGGAGGACAGAGCUGCAGCUGCAGAAGACGGAGAGAAACGAGUGGAACCCGAGGAGGAGGCGGGGGGUGAUAAAGAGGGAGGGGAGGACGAGCAGGAGGGAGACGCAGAGGAGGAGGAAGAUUACCAGUACAUGAACAAGCAGCCCAGGCUGAGGAAGGCCCUGCGGGGGGAGGCGGACGAGUACGAGCAGAUGGACUCCUUGCCCCUGGUGGAGUACCAGAACCUGGCGGAGGGGGGCAGGAGGGGCCGGCCCGGGGAGCUGGGGGGCUUCGUGAAGGUGAGGGCCGGGGUGGGGGAGCCAGGCGCUGACCGCUCCUUCGACAACCCCGACUACUGGCACAGCAGGCUCUUCCUGAAGCCCGACGCCGUGCGCACCUAGCGGCCUGCAGAGCGGCACCAGAGAGGUCGUCCUCGCUCUGGGUCAUGACCGGCCACCCCCCUGGUCCCACUCUGACUGGACCCCCCGAUCAUGCCUGUGGGGUGUCUGCAUGUAGGGGGCGUGUCCAGGGUGUGUCUGGGGCGUGUCCGGGGUGUGUCUGGGGC